AUGGAGACGGAAGUCCAUACCAAUUACUCCUACAUGGGACGGAAUUUCAGUAACAUCACCCUUUCAAACGACGAUUCCGCCGCUUUCAGCGAUUGUAACAGUGACCGAUCAGAUUCGGAUUCGAUUGAAGAUCAGAAGCAAGCAGCGAUGGAGCUCCGGUUGCUCGCCAAGAACAAACCGGAAAACCGAGUUAAGAUAGCGAGAGCCGGAGCAAUCAGGCCGUUGAUUUCGUUAAUCUCGUCUUCUGAUCCUGAACUCCAAGAGCACGGUGUUACAGCGAUUUUGAAUUUGUCGCUGUGCGAUGAGAACAAAGAGGUUCUAGCGGCGUCCGGAGCAAUCAGGCCGUUAGUUAGAGCUUUGAAGGUUGGAACACCGACGGGGAAGGAAAACGCGGCGUGCGCGCUUCUCCGGUUAUCUCAAUUAGAAGAAAACAAAGCGGCAAUCGGUCGAUCAGGAGCGAUUCCUUUGUUAGUUGACCUACUGGAAACCGGAAACUUCCGAGGGCAGAAGGACGCAUCAACGGCGUUGUAUUCGUUGUGUUCGUUGAAAGAAAACAAAGUUCGAGCAGUUCAGGCCGGGAUCAUGAAACCGUUGGUUGAAUUAAUGGCGGAUUUCGAGUCAAACAUGGUCGAUAAAGCAGCAUUUGUGAUGAGCGUUUUGACACCACUGAAGGAGGCUAGGGCGGCGUUGGUGGAGGAAGGAGGUAUUCCGGUGCUGGUGGAGAUCAUAGAGAUCGGAUCUCAGAGGCAGAAGGAGAUAGCGGUGGUGAUUCUGUUGCAGAUUUGUGAUGAUAGUGUGGUCUACCGUACUAUGGUGGCCCGCGAAGGAGCCAUUCCUCCCCUCGUCGCCUUGUCACAAUCUGGUACAAAGCGCGCUAAACAAAAGGCGGAAACACUUAUUGAGCUUCUUCGGCGACCAAGAUCCGGCAACGCUGCUGCCAGCUCGGAUUAAUCAGAAUGAGAUGUUCCACGUCAGCAUAAUGACAAAAACAUUAAGACAAACAUGUUUUCCAAAAUUAUAUUUUAGAAAAAGAAAGAAAGGAAGGAAGAGUUUUUUUUUUUUUUUUUUUGGUCGGAUUUGUAAA